AGUCGAGCACAAAGUUAGGUUUUCAGGCGGUAAAACGGUCGCUUUUGUUCGGUACGCGGUCGCUAAUGACCUGAGAGACGCCAGCUUGGGCUGUGGGUCACAGAGCAGCGACAGCGGGAUUUAAACGGCUCCAAGAGACUCCUAUGUAGUGUAAAGUGACAAGUGUGGAGUGUAAAAGGACGCAGUGGCCGUUUGUAUUUUCUUCUACAGUAGGGACACUGUCUCAACUUCUCCUCCGUGUCCUCGUUGUUGAAGCCUGUUGCUUUCAUGGAUAAGUUGAGGAGGAGGGAGAAAGAGGAGGAGGAGUUGAGAAAAGCGGAUUGUCUGCUCCGGCCUUUGACAAGGAAGGGAACGUGAUCGAGCAGUUAAUGGAGAGAAAUUCCACUUACACAGGAAUAUCAACAUGAUUGAAACAAUGGAUACGCAGCGUGCCUUGCAGGCGGUGGAGCGUCUCCAGGCCAAACUGAAGGAGCGGGGGGAGUUGGCCAGCGAGGAGAAGCUCAGUCUGCUAAAAUCGGUGCUCCAGAGCCCCCUCUUCCACCAGAUUCUGGCCCUGCAGAAGUCUGUCCAACUUCUCAGAGACCAGGUAAAUAUCCCAGUACAACGAGGGGGUGACCCGGUCGAUCACAAUACAGCAGUCAAGUCUAAUGGAAGCCAUGCUCCCUAUUCAGACACAUCUCCUGCAACACACAUUAUCAGCAAGUCAUCAUGUGAGGAAUUUGAGCAUGUAGUCCAGUCCAUGGCCCAGGGCCGCCACAUGACAAAUGUGGAGCUUCAGAAACCUGUGUCUGGAGGUCUGGGCUUCAGUGUGGUGGGUCUGAAGAGUGAGGACCGUGGGGAACUGGGAAUAUUCAUCCAGGAAAUCCAGCCUGGAAGCGUGGCUCAUUGUGAUGGAAAACUCAGAGAAGCAGACCAAAUCUUGGCCAUCAAUGGGCAGCCCUUGGACCAGACAGUGACUCACCAACAGGCCAUAAGCAUCCUGCAGAGCGCUGCGGAGCGGGUGCAGCUCACAGUUGCUCGAGGCCCAAUUCCUCAGCUGGCGAGUCCUGUGGUAUCUCGCACUCCUUCUGCUGCCAGUACUGUGUCGGCCAAUUCCAACGCGUUGCAACACGUGGAGACUAUUGAAAUAGUCAAUGACGGAACCGGCCUUGGAUUUGGGAUCGUUGGAGGCAAGACCACUGGGGUUAUUGUUAAAACCAUACUCCCUGGAGGUAUAGCCGAUCAGGAUGGCCGCCUGCGCAGUGGAGACCACAUCCUCAGAAUCGGUGACACUGAUCUGUGCGGCAUGGGCAGUGAGCAGGUGGCACAGGUCCUCAGGCAGUGUGGGAACAGAGUGAAGCUGGUUGUUACCAGAGGUCCUGCAGAAGAGACUCCUUCUGCUGUCAUGCCUGUGGUGCUCCCUACUGUCAAUGAACAACAGGGCUACGAGGAAGAGGAGGCUGAGGCAUUUGAUGUGAGCCUAACUAAGAACACGCAAGGACUGGGAAUUACGAUAGCUGGCUACAUUGGUGAUAAAAAUUCAGAUCCCUCUGGUAUUUUCGUUAAGAGCAUAACAAAAGACAGCGCUGUAGAUCAAGAUGGCCGCAUUCAUGUUGGAGACCAGAUAAUAGCGGUGGAUGGCGUAAACAUACAGGGAUACACCAACCAACAGGCAGUGGAAGUCCUGAGACACACAGGUCAGACUGUGCACCUCAAGCUGAUGAGGAGGGGAUUCAGGCCUGAUGAGAUUGGUCCUGCUCCUGUCCAGAACGUGACCAUCUCACCACCUUCCUCCAGCAUCAACACUGGCAACACUACUGCCAACAGUAAGGUCACAAAAGAGCUUGAGGUGGAGAGGGAGAAGUCUGAAGAAACUACUCCAGAUGAAAUGCCACUUCAUACAAUGAGUGAAGGAUCUGAUGUCAAGCUAACUGCGGAUCAGCUGACAGAAGACAAACACGUGAUGAAGUUGACGCUCUUUGAAGAGGAGCAACUGAUUCAAAAAUGGCAGGAGAUUCUGGGAGCGAGUAAUGAAGUUGUGGUGGCUCAGGUGGAAAAGUUCACCACGAACAGCGGCCUGGGGAUCAAUCUGGAAGCAAACAGUGGGCAUCAUUACAUUCGCUCUAUUUUACCUGAGGGGCCCAUCGGUCGCUGUGGCAAGCUGUUUAACGGAGAUGAACUGCUGGAGGUCAAUGGCAUAUCACUCAUCGGGGAAAGCCACAAAGAAGUGGUCAGGAUCCUGAAGGAGCUUCCAGUCUAUGUUAUCGUGACCUGCUUCAGACCUACUUCUCACCUACAGACUGACGUGGAGGCUGUCCAUCCACAACCUGAGGCUGUGUCCACCCCCAAACUCAAGAAACAUCUAGACCUGAGAAGCCUUUUGGUUCCUGAAAAUUCAGAGGUGAACACAGUAGCAGUAAUACAGGAUAAUGUGACAGAGGAGACAACUGGAGCUCCACUGGCAAUGUGGGAACUGGAGGUUCAGAAUAUCGAGCUGGAGAAGGGAGAAAGAGGCCUGGGAUUCAGUAUUUUGGAUUAUCAGGACCCACUGGAUCCUGCCAAGACAGUGAUUGUGAUCCGUUCCCUGGUUCCCAAUGGUGUGGCCGAGCAGGAUGGCAGACUGCUGCCUGGGGACAGACUUAUGUAUGUCAACACCACCGACUUGGAAAAUGCCACUCUGGAGGAUGCAGUUCAGGCAUUGAAGGGGGCAAAACUGGGCAAUGUCCAGAUCGGAGUUGCCAAACCCCUUCCUGGAAUAUGUGGAUAUUCCCACUCUCCACACACAUAUGCUGAGCAGGAAAUUACGGCUUCCUCCACCGUCCUUUCAUUUGACUUCAACAGUAUUGUGGUUGAAGGCGGAGAUGAAGAAGAAGAUCUGGCUGAUGGCGUCGUUUACCUAGCUGAGCCUGCAUUGAUUGACACCAGUGAAGCCGACCUGAGUGAUGAGAAGUUCUUCGAUCACUCUUACACUGGACAAGAAGACCACACCUUCCAAGCUUCUAUGAUUGCUCUCCAUGGCAGCAGUUGUAGUCCAGACCUGGAUUUCUUGCAUUCAUCCACACCUAAGCUGACGGCUCGACUGGACUUGUUGGAUGAGCAUCCCUUUAUGACGCCCAACUUUACUGCACCGACCGGCCUUGAAGACGGCACUCAAGUGUUCCCAACUGAGACGCCGGCCUCUUUUUCUCCACAGAGUUUGAGAGGUCACACCCUGGCCUAUGAUGCCAUACUCAGCAGUUCCAAUUGUUACCUGGCUCAUCUCCCAGCCAAAGAAGAACCAGAGGAGUGCUCAGGCUCAUACAGCCCUUUUGCUGAAAUCAGAAACAGAUCUUAUGCCCAGGAGGAACCUGUGAUGAGUCACUUCCAGAAAGAGCCGGCCAGCUCAAUGGUGGAUAUUAGGGACAGAACAUUUCUAACAGAGCUCAAGGACGAGGAGGCUGGGGUGGAAGAAUGGGCAGAAGACAGUGACAAGGAAGCACUGACCUCAGGGAGCAGCUAUGACAGGACCAUCACCGUUGUCAAAGGCAACUCCAGCCUGGGUAUGACAGUCAGCGCCAUGAAAGAUGGCCUGGGGAUGCAGAUCCGCAGCAUCAUCCACGGUGGGUCGAUUAGCCGUGAUGGACGCCUAGGGGUCGGUGACCUCAUUCUGGCCGUUAACGGAGAGCCCACUACUAACCUGUCCAAUGUCCAGGCUCGUGCCAUGCUUCGAAGACACUCACUCAUUGGACCAGACCUGGAAUCUGCUUGUUCACCUGAGGAAGAUCUGUGCCCAUUUUAUGUCAUUAAAUAUGUUCCAGCAGAGUAUUUAGAGGAAUACAAGGCCAGCCAAGAGCAAUCAAAACCUGAUGUCUUUUCUGGGGCAACAUUAGCAUCAGCUCCUGUUCCUAAAGAAAUUCCAAACCUCCCUGAGCGAGAAGACGGUGAAGGAGAAGAAAGUGACUCCUACAGUAACUGGAACCAACCAAGAACAGUGGAGCUGUUCCGAGCACCAGGCAAGUCCCUGGGCAUCAGUAUCGUAGGGGGCCGCGGGAUGGGCAGCCGACUGAAUAACGGGGAGGUGAUGAGGGGGAUUUUCAUCAAACACAUCCUGGUGGACAGCCCUGCUGGUCAGAACGGGACCUUGAAGACAGGAGACAGAAUUGUAGAGGUGGAUGGAGUUGACCUCAGAGAUGCUACACAUGAGGAAGCGGUGGAGGCUAUACGGAAGGCAGGCAACCCCGUCACAUUCUUGGUGCAGAGUAUGAUUCACAGGCCCAGGCCUGAGUCACUUUGUAGCCCAGCUUCGUCGCCUGCGGUAGGGAAAAGCAGCGGUGCUUUCACAUGCAUGCCACAUCCUACACGUCAGCCACCCCUGCCCUUUCUGCAGCUAAAUAGCCAUCAUGGGUCCAGCCUGUGCAGCACUAAUCACACCUACUUAGCUCCUGCCCUCCUGAAGCAGCCAUUGAUAACAGAUGCCGGUGAGGAAAGAGCUGCAACUCUUACAAGAGACAAGGAUAAGGAGGGAGACAGUCACAGUAGACUUUUACUUCGACUCUCCCCAACUAACCCUUUCACCCCCACCCCGUUUAAGCCGGCGAAGCGUGAAGCGGCAAAGGCAUCUCCCACCAGCUCUGUCCUCCCCCUGCCAGUGGUGCCCCAUGUGGGAGAGACUGAUACAGACGUGCUGACAGAGAUUCCUGGCAGACCUGCUGAGGCAGAGGAGGAGAAGGAAGGGGAGGAAAAGGAUGAGUUUGGAUACAGCUGGAAUACUGUGAUUCAGCGCUACGGCAGCCUCCCAGGAGUCCUGCACAUGAUUGAGCUGGAGAAGGGAAAAACAGGGCUGGGCCUCAGCCUGGCAGGAAACAGAGACAGAGCCCGCAUGAGUGUGUUCGUGGUGGGAAUAGACCCCAACGGGGCAGCCGGCAGGGACAGGCGUAUGGUGGUUGGAGAUGAGCUGCUUGAGAUUAAUGGGCAAGUCCUUUACGGCCACAGCCACCAGAAUGCAUCCUCUAUAAUUAAAAGCUCUCCGUCUAAAGUCAAAAUCAUCUUUGUCAGGAACACAGAGGCACUCAACCAGAUGGCGGUGGGACCUGUGAGAGACCAAGAGGAAGACACAGUGGAGCCCCACUCUGAGUUUGAAACAACUGUGGCGAAUGAUGACGCUUCAAAAACCACCGAGCACAUCACAAAGCUGAAGGAGGACGAAUUACCUGGCAUUAACUUUGUCGAGCAGAGCACCAACAGCAGAGACAAAAUUCUGAGUACAUUUAAAGAUGUCUGCACAAAACCAGGAGACACCCUCUCGGCUGUGAAUGGUGAAUCAUUGCUGGGCUGCACUGUGGAAAAGUCAACAUGUCAGGAUGAUGACGUCUCAGACACAGUCCUGCCCAGCAGCCUGAGUCUCCCUGAGGCAGAAACAAUCACAAGUCUGAGUCGCUCCUCCACUCCAUCAACUCUGACCUGUGACCCAGCGACCUGUCCCAUCAUCCCUGGCUGUGAGACCACCAUUGACAUCUCCAAGGGUCGCACUGGCUUGGGUCUGAGCAUCGUGGGAGGCUGUGACACCCUGUUGGGGGCCAUCAUUAUCCACGAGGUUUACGAAGAAGGAGCAGCCUCCAAGGAUGGCAGGCUGUGGGCAGGAGACCAAAUCCUGGAGGUGAACGCUAUUGACCUGCGCGCAGCCAGCCAUGAUGAAGCCAUUAAUGUACUGAGGCAGACGCCGCAGAGGGUACGGCUGACGGUCUACAGGGACGAGGCCCAGUACAAGGAGGAGGACCUGUGGGACUCCUUCACUGUGGAGCUGCAUAAGAAGCCUGGUCAGGGCCUGGGCCUCAGCAUCGUAGGGAGGAGAAAUGACACAGGAGUGUUUGUGUCUGACAUCGUGAGAGGAGGUUUGGUGGACGUUGACGGGCGACUGACACAGGGUGAUCAGAUCCUGUCUGUCAACGGCGAGGACGUCAGGUCAGCCACUCAGGAGGCUGUGGCUGCACUACUGAAGUGCUGCGUGGGUCCCAUAAAGAUGGAGGUUGGGAGGUUUAAAGCUGGGCCCUUCCACUCUGAACGAAGGCUAUCACAAAGUAGUCAGAUUAGUGAUGCAUGCAGUUCCAAGGCCGCACUUCUGUUGUGCUCAGAUGCUGGAAACCUUCUGAGUAACCCAGACAAUUUAAGCCACAGUCAGGAAUCUCUGGACUGUCCUGAGACCAGAACAGUGGAGUUCACCAAAGGCCCCAGUGAUUCUCUUGGCAUCAGUAUAGCAGGCGGCGUGGGCAGCCCCCUGGGCAACAUACCCAUCUUCAUCGCCAUGAUGAAUCCCGUGGGCUUGGCUGCUCAGACCCAGAAGCUCAAGAUCGGAGAUCGAAUUGUCAGCAUCUGUGGAAACUCCACUGAAGGCAUGACCCAUUCACAGGCAGUCACGCUGCUCAAGAAUGCCACAGGCACAGUCCAGCUGCAGGUGGUAGCAGGUGGUGACAGCACUGUGACAGGUCCCUGUCAGGAUCAGGCAGGUGGCGCUCUGACACCCGGCUGCAUCUUCCAGGAUGACAUCGGCCCACCUCAGUAUAAGAGCAUUACUCUUGAAAGAGGCCCAGAUGGUCUUGGCUUCAGUAUAGUGGGAGGACACGGAAGCCCUCAUGGAGAUCUGCCCAUUUAUGUCAAAACAGUGUUUGGAAAGGGAGCAGCGGCUGAGGACGGACGUCUGAAACGUGGAGACCAAAUAAUGGCAGUGAAUGGUCAAACUCUGGAGAGUGUCACUCAUGAAGAAGCCGUGGGCAUCCUGAAAAGGACCAAGGGAUCGGUUACACUCACCGUGUUGUCAUGAACACACACUCACACCUUGAGUUUCAUUCCCACCCACAGUGUGUCAGCUCCCAGAUCAUAUGGGUAGAGUUGUUGACAGAGACAAAGGAGCUGUGGAAAUGAGACAAAAACAAGACACAAACAAAACACUGAUUAGCAUGAAGUAGCACAUUAGCAAUGUAGCCGUGAACAAGUGUUCCAGAACAAUUCAGAAAAAAACUGAAAGCAUUCCUGAAUUAAGGCAAUGAAGAUGAACAAAAGUCUUUACUUAUGUUUUUAUCUAUUAAAAUGUAAUUAUUUUCCACAGUAUUAGAAACACUCCAUGGCCAAAACUAAAUACAUAUAAAAUGUAUUUUACUACAUGAACAAAGUAGUUAAAGAAAAUAUUUCUUAAAGUUAAAACAAUAUAUAAGCAAUCACCAGCAUUCAAAAAUCCACAGGUUUUUUUUCUAUUCUUUUUGUCCUGCUUAAAUCAGCAAUAACACUGUAAUCAAACUAACAUCACUAUGGCAAAGCUAAGCCACUGAAUGAGCUGCAAUUAGCAUUAUUAGCGUUCACAUUGACAGUGCUGUUAUGAUCACAUGUAUUUGAAGGGACAGGUUGUGAAAUCCAUGACAUUUCUUUUUGUUGUACACGUCUGAGUUGAAGUUUGAUCUAUUCACUGAUAUACUGCUGCUAACGCUGAUGUUACAUCACAGUACUUCGAUUUAUAAAGUAUUAUUUAACAGUGAUUGAACGAAGGAAUAAAGUAAAGUACUGGAACUUCUACAGUGUGGCUGUAAUACAGUUAGAGUGUGGCACCUGUUCACGUUGAAUCAAAUAAAAGUGACCUUUGGAUUCAGUGUC